GGGGGCGGGGCAUAGUGAGGGCGGUAGUUUUGGGCUUAAUUGGGAAUUCUGGCCAGCCUGGUUCUUCCUUUUCCUCGCCUUCGCUCCGCUCCAUCCUUUCCUCUUCCCGCUAUGGCGGCGGCGGCUGCCUACGUGGUCCGGCUGCUCCUGGGCUCGGUGUCCCUGUUGCUCCCUCUGCUCGGGGCUCAGGCGCCCUCCUCCUCCGCCUCCUCCUCCAAAGUGGUGACGGCCAGUUUGUCUGCGAAGUGGCCUGCGACCCCGCUGCUGCUGGAGGCGAGUGAAUUUAUGGCAGAAGAAAGUAAUGAGAAGUUUUGGCAGUUUCUGGAAACCAUACGAGAAUUAACAAUAUACAGGCAAAGAGACUCCGAAUACUCAUAUUACAACUUAAUAUUGAAAAAAGCAGGACAGUUUUUAAACAAUUUGCAGAUUAAUCUCUUAAAAUUUGCCUUAUCUAUAAGGGCAUACUCACCAACUAUUCAGAUGUUUCAACAGAUUGCUGCUGAUGAACUACCACCAGAAGAUUGCAGUGCAUUUGUGGUUAUCCAUAAGGAGUGCACCUGUAAAACUAAUGAGAUUAAAAAGCUUCUGAAGAAGGCUGCAAUGAGGCCUAGGCCAUAUUUAUUUAAAGGAGAUCAUAAGUACCCCACAGUCUCUGAGAACCUACCAGUCAUCAUACUUUAUGCAGAAAUGGGUACUAAGGACUUCAAUAAAUUUCACAAAAUUCUUUCUGAGAAAGCACAAAAGGAAGAAAUUCAAUACAUUUUCCGACAUUAUGUUCAGAAACCAGACUCUAGGAAAAUGAACUUGUCUGGAUAUGGUGUGGAACUUGCAAUCAAGAGUACUGAGUACAAAGCAGUAGAUGAUACACAGGUUAAAGCUAUGAAUAAUACAGUGGUGGAGGAUGAUAAUGAAGCAACUGAUGUACAAGGAUUUCUCUUUGAAAAAUUGAAAGAAACAUAUCCAGAUCUUAGAGAUAAUCUGAAAGAAUUUCGAAAACAUCUUAUUGAAAGUAGUAAAGAAAUGAUACCUUUGAAAGUCUGGGAGUUACAAGAUAUUAGUUUUCAAGCAGCUUCUCAAAUUAUGUCUGCUCCAGUUUAUAAUGCCAUAAAAUUAAUGAGAGAUAUUUCUCAAAACUUCCCAAUGAAGGCCAGAUCUCUAACCAGAAUUCCUGUAAACCAAAAAAUGAAAAUGGAAAUAGAAAGAAAUCAAGAGAGUCUCCAUGAUAGACUUGAAAUUGAACCAGGUGAUGCUCGUCUCUUUAUAAAUGGUCUUCAGAUUGACUUGGACUUUCAUGAUCCAUUUAGUAUUUUGGAUAUGCUGAAAUUAGAAGGAAAAGUAAUGAACGGCCUUCGUGAUAUUGGGAUUAAAGAAAAGGAUUCCCGUAAACUUUUAAAUUUAAAUACACAUCUUGUGGAUGACAGCUAUGCAUUAGAUAUUCGACAUACUUCAAUAAUGUGGGUAAAUAAUUUAGAAGAAGAUAAUAUAUAUGCCCUGUGGCCAAAGAGUUGCCAAGAACUUAUGGAGCCAAUAUUCCCUGGAAAUAUACCCUCAAUUGGGCGUAAUUUUUAUAACUUGGUUCUUUUUGUUGAUCCUACUCAACAAGUUACAGCAGGUUUUGUGAAAAUUGCUGAACUUUUUUAUCACUAUAGGAUCCCUUUAAGAAUAGGUUUUGUUUUCAUUCUCAAUACAGAUGAUGUAAUUGAUGGGCAUAAUGAUGCUGGAGUUGCCCUUUGGCGAGUUAUCAAUUAUAUUACUGAAGAAUAUAACAUCACACAAGCUUUUGCUGCCAUAAUAAAGAUGUACCACAAUGUGAAGGGGAAAGACUUGUUAACUGUGGACAUUAUUAAAAGUGUUUUGAAAAGUACAGUUCCUGAUGCUAAUCUUCAGAAUAUCCUAGGAGUCCAUUCUGAAUAUGACAAAAACAGAAAGGCAGGAGCAACCUUCUAUAAAAAGACUGGACUGGGUCCAUUGCCUCAAGCAUUAUUUAAUGGUGAAGUCUUCACCAGAGAAGAAAUGGAUUUUAAAGAAUUAGACAAAAUUAUUCUCCAAAGGAUCAUGAAUACAGCUGGAUUCUUACAAAGAGCGGUAUUUAUGGGCUUGUUAAAUGAUGGGAUGGAGGCAAUAAAUUUCCUCAUGGAUCGGGAUAAUAUAGUACCUCGUAUGAAUCCUAUAGUUUUGGGGAACAAAAGACAAUAUCUUAAUUUAAUAUCUACUUCAGUGACUGUUGAUAUUGAAGAUUUUGCUACAUUUUCCUUCUUGGAUUCACAAGACAAGAGUGCCAUAGUUGCAGAGAACAUGCAUUAUUUAUUCCCAAAAGAUAAAGAUGUGAUUUCUGCAGUCACCAUCUGGGUUAUUGCUGAUUUCGACAAGCAAUCUGGGAGAAAACUACUUUUAAAUGCUUUGAAGCACAUGAAAAGAAGUAUUCAUACUCGAUUGGGAGUUAUUUAUAAUCCUACGUCAAAAAUAAAUGAAGCAAACACAGUUAUUUCUAGAGGAAUUUUGGCAGCUUUUCUUACACAAGAAAACAACUAUUUAAGAAGCUUUCUUAAUAAACUGGCAAAAGAAGAAACUGCUAAAGCCCUGCUCACUGGUGCAAAAAUAAAGACAUUCCUUCUUCCGGGAAUGGCAGAAAAUGCUUUUGUAAAGAAAUAUAAUACCCUUGGAAUGAAUGUUUUCCAAACCCACAAGUUGUUCUGUCAGGAAGUCCUCAAACUCCUUCCUGGAGAUAGGACCAUUAUCAGCAAUGGGAGGAUCCUAGGACCUCUGGGUGAAAAUGAAUUCCAUGUGGAAGAUUUUCAGUUGUUGGAAAAAAUAACUUUUACUAACUUAGCAAAGAAGAUUAAAGCCAUUAUUAAGGAUACAGAAAUUAAUGUCAAACGUGGAAGUGAUCUGGUGAUGAAGGUGGAUGCCCUUCUCUCCUCUGUUCCUAAAAGUGAACCUCGGCAUGAUGUCACAUUUCUUAAAGAACAACACAGUGUUAUAAACAUAAAGCCUCAAGAAAGUGAUAUAUUCUAUGAUGUCAUUGCUAUUGUUGAUCCAUUAACAAGAGAAGCACAGAAGAUGAGUCAAUUAUUGAUUGUACUUGGCCAGAUUAUCAAUAUGAAGCUGAAAUUGUUUAUGAACUGUAGGCCAAAGCUUUCAGAGGCACCAUUGAAGAGCUUUUACCGGUUUGUUUUGGAACCAGAACUGACUCCGGGGCCCAAUAAUGUUCUUUCUUUGGGGCCGGUGGCAAAGUUUCUAGAAAUGCCUGAAUCAUCUCUUCUGACCCUCAAUAUGAUUACUCCUGAAGGCUGGUUAGUUGAAGCAGUACACAGUUCCUGCGACCUCGAUAAUAUCCACUUAAAGAAUAUUGAGGGAACUGUUACAGCAGAAUAUGAACUAGAAUAUCUCCUGCUUGAAGGACAGUGCUUUGAUGAAACUACUGGACAACCUCCUCGGGGACUUCAAUUUACUCUAGGCAUGAAAAAGAAUCCUGUUAUGGUUGAUACCAUUGUGAUGGCCAACCUUGGAUAUUUUCAGUUAAAAGCAAACCCUGGUGCUUGGAUUCUAAGAUUACGCCAAGGAAAAUCUGAAAAUAUUUACCAGUUAACUGGACAUGAAGGAACAGACUCUCCACCAGAUUCAGAUGAUGUCAUUGUGGUAUUAAGUAACUUCAGAAGUAAGAUUCUGAAAGUCCAGGUUCAGAAAAAGUCUGACAAAAUUGAUGAAGAUAUCCUUACAGAUAUAAGUGAAGAAGGAAAAGGAAUAUGGGAUUCCAUUCAAGGCAUCAUUACUGGCCUUCCUUCUUACCAUAUGUGGAAGACUCUUCUUUGGCCGAAUUUGUUUGACCAGCUGGAUAGAAUAUUUGCAGGAGGACUGCAAGCAGAAACAGAGAAAAAGAAAACUGAUUUUCUAAACAUUUUUUCAGUUGCUUCAGGCCAUUUAUAUGAACGGUUUUUGAGAAUUAUGAUGCUUUCUGUGUUACGCCAUACAGAAACUCCAGUUAAAUUCUGGUUUCUGAAAAAUUAUCUCUCUCCAACAUUUAAAGAGAUAAUUCCUCACAUGGCUAAGGAAUAUGGGUUCCAGUAUGAGUUAGUCCAAUAUAAGUGGCCCCGUUGGCUUCAUCGACAAACUGAAAAGCAAAGAAUCAUUUGGGGUUACAAGAUUCUUUUCCUUGAUGUUCUUUUUCCACUGGUUGUGGACAAAGUCAUUUUUGUUGAUGCUGAUCAGAUUGUGAGAACAGAUCUAAAAGAGCUUAGAGAUUUUGAUCUUGGUGGAGCACCAUAUGGUUACACACCAUUUUGUGAUAGUCGCACUGAAAUGGAUGGAUACCGUUUCUGGAAAUCAGGAUAUUGGGCUUCACAUCUGGUAAGAAGAAAAUACCAUAUCAGUGCCUUGUAUGUUGUGGAUCUCAAGAAAUUCAGAAAAAUUGCAGCUGGAGACAGACUUAGAGGUCAGUAUCAGGCUCUUAGUCAAGAUCCAAACAGUCUGUCCAACCUAGAUCAGGACCUACCCAAUAACAUGAUUCACCAGGUUGCCAUUAAGUCCCUUCCUCAAGAGUGGUUGUGGUGUGAAACAUGGUGUGAUGAUGAAUCCAAAAAAAGGGCCAAAACAAUUGAUCUGUGCAAUAAUCCCAAAACUAAAGAACCUAAAUUGAAAGCUGCUGCACGGAUUAUCCCAGAAUGGAUAGAGUAUGACAAUGAAAUCCGAAAUCUGAUAGAAGAGAUUGAAAUGAGAAAGAAAAAUUCAAGUAAAUCAUACUCCCAAAAGGUUUUCACUCGAGAUGAACUUUAGCACCAUUCUACCUCUAUGAAGGGAGUCACGAUUGAAAAUUGAAUCUGCUAUAAUAUGGAAUGAAGAAUGACACUACUGCAGAGGCUAUGCUUUGAACCUUUUAUUGGAGCUUGGUUCAACAUUCUUCAAUUUAAAAAAAACUGAUAAUUUAAAAUUCAAAUGUUUAACAUAUUAAGCAAACAAUUUCUUUGAAAAAGAGGUAAACUAUUUUUGUCCUGUUGAAUUUUUAAAGCUGGCUUAUCCCUUUUUCUUGGUUUCAGACUAAGUUUGAGCAGUUAAAGGGGGAUGUUUUGCUGGAUUGUUCAGUAAACGUGUGUCUGGAAAUAGAAAUUGGUACUCCAGAGUAUUUCUGAUAGUAUUCACACAAAAGACUGCAUAUUUGAACUAUGUGAUCCAGAUUUAUGAACCAAAUGGAACUGAAAUUAGAAAAACGAGUAUGUCCAUAUUUUUCUCUCAUCUGCUAUUAAUACAAAUAGAACAUAAAACUAACUCUUGUCAACCAUUCAACAAUUGCCAUUUAAAAAAAUGAAUCCCAUUUUAUAUCUUAAUUAUUAUUUUACAAUGCAAGUAACGUUGCUUUGUAAUCAGCUAUUUUGGUAUGUUCAGUCAUGUGAUCUGCAAUCAGUUAUUUUGGGUACAUGGAAUUAUAUGUUGUUAUUUUUAAGCAAAAUUUUCUUUCUGAUGUGUAUUUAUAAAAUGAUAUUCAUUGGGGUGAAACAUGAACCUGAUUGUUUUGUGGGGAAAGAAAGGUCACACCAAUGUGGUAAUGGAGGGAAAUCAGAUACAUUUAAAAUUAAAAUUACCUAAAUUAAGAAAUUAAAAGUAAAUAGUUUCAAAUUCCUUAUUUUUCACUUUAAAAUUAAUCAGAUUAUUAAAUGCUCAGCAGUCAAAUUGGGAGUGCAUACUAAAUGCCAGCAUUUUAUCAUUCAGACUAUCCUAAUAUGUUAUGUUACAUACUAAAAUAUAUCCUUUAGGACUAGUUUGACAACAAAUAUAUUUUUGAAGGAGCAAUAAGUAAUUGGAAUGGCAUCCUCAGGGAUUAAGGUAAUUUUGAAUAAUUAAUUUUCCUCAUAAAUUAAGCUUAUUCAUUCAAUUUAUAUUUAAGAAACACAUUCUCUUUGUAAGGUCCCAUAAUAAACACUGACACAGACUAAGCUUUAUUUAGCAAUUUUUGUGGGAAACAAUUUUAACAUAUUUUCCCUACAUAUGUGAGUGUAUAUACAUGAAGGCAAGAAUCUUCUUUGACUAUAUUGAAGAUAAUUCAACUAUUUAUUGCUAUGUCAGCCAUCAUUAUGAAGUCUAAUUAUUUAAUGUGCUGUAAUCUGGUGAUGCUUUAAAAGCUAUUGAAUGAAGUCAUAGAGGAUUGAUUGCCUCUACAUUAAAUGAUUCUAUACUUCUGGAA